GUUAUUCUAAUUGUUUAGAUAAUAUAAAUGAAACAUCGUCAAAUAAAUUAGAGACCAAAUCUGUAACAUCUACUACUAUUGCCUCCAGUGUUCUACGUUAUUACACAAAUCAAAUUGUACUUCUCAUAUAUCUGGUAAAAAGCAUUCGGGAAAACAGCAAAUAACUCCUUUAUUAAAAUCAAGUGAUCUAUUAAUCUGUCUUGUUUGUAACUUGGCUUUUUUAAAAAGUAAAACAUUCAAAAGUCAUAUAAAAAAGAUGGGUCAUACUGACCGCAAGUUUCUUCACAAGGAUUGUCCAAAGUGCCAUAUAAAAUUAUUUGGUUCAUUGAAAAUCAUUAAUCAACAUGAACAUCUUACAUCCAAAUCUAAACUCGAAAUGAAUGAUAUUGUAAAAAAGGGAAAUGACUCUGAAAAUCAAUGGAAUUGUUCAGAAAAUGAAAGAGAUAUUAUCAAAAGUAAUUUAGAAAUUAAAAGUGAAUUUAAAAGGGAGGGAGUACAGGAAGUUCAGCAUAAAAAAAAUGAUUUGAAACAAGAUGAAAAUAAUGAUUUAGGUAAUGACAGUAAAAAUGAAGUUAAAUUGAAAACCACAAUCAACAAUAUCCAGCCUAAGAAGAAGUGUAGUUAUACUUUAACUGAAAUAAAUAGUUUAUCAAUUUAUAGCACAUCUUCUGUCGCCAAUUGUUUGUUGUGUAUAGUUCAAAUGAGCAAAAAUGAUAAAAAUAUUUUAGGACAUAUAAAUGGAUCAAGACAUAAAAAAUAUUCAGAGAAUAAUGAAUUCACAAAGCUGCUUAAACCUUUUUUAAAUCAAAUUACCCAAAUAAUGGAAAAUGACAAGGACAAUGUAUUCCACCAAAACAUAGAUUUUUUAUUUCCUUCUACAACAAAAACUGUUUACUGUAUAUUAUGUGAUUGUGAAAUUUCAAAUAAGAAAUGUGAUAUACUUCUUCAUUUUAAAUCAUCUCAACAUAUUCAAGAUCGCAAAAGAUGCAUAGGAGAAAUAUAA